CGCUGUCUUCCUUGGUGCGUCUGCGCGCAGAGCCUUGGGAUGCGUCCGCUUCGCCUGGGGAUGAGCUGGAGACCUCAUCCCCAUGUGCGGGCGGGUAACCUCCGGACUCAGGCUGGCACCGGGGCUGGAGGAGGUCCGGUGGCUCUCUGCCGAGAGGGGCAAUCCCAGACUGUCUGACUGGACCCGAGCCGCGGCCCCGCCACCGGCGCUUGGCUUGCUGGUUCUUGAAACUGUUUCCUGGAUUGUGCACUUUAUCGCCCCUCCGUGGAACAAGUGACCAGGACAUUCAAAUAAUUACCAGAUGCAUGUACGAAUGAACAGAUUUACACUGCGUGAAGAAGUGAGGAUUCCAAACUCUUAGGAGGAGGAAAGGUGGAUUCUGGGACAGUUAAUCUUGGCGGGUCAACUUGCCUGGAUCUGAAGUCAAGUAGAAGGCAAACUGCUGGGCACUCCUGUGAGGGGUUUUCUUGAUAUGGUUGUUUGAAGUGGGAGAACCCACUGCGCAGCGCCCUCAGAUGGCAACUCACACAAGAGAAACGGAAGAAGGAAACUCUGCUUUUGGCCUGUUGGCCUUGGCUUGCUGAUAAGUGUCUGUCCAGUUCCUACCACUAUGCAGUUCCUUUGCUGACAUUAGAAUCAACUUCUUCCAGCUUCUGGCUCAAACUGAAGACCAGCAGCUCUUCAGGAACUAUCCAGGCGUUCAGCACCAGAUUGGAACUGCUGAGAAAUCAUCCUUGUGGACUGAGCAACUACCAUUGUUGGUCUUCCCAGACCAUAUGGAGAUUCAUAACACAGUCCGAAUGAGGGGGUCUGGUUCAUUUCAGUUCCUUUUCUUCCAAACUAGAUGGAAGGGACUGCUCCAGUCUGUGCCUUCUCCUUAUCUGUGAUGACCAGGCUGUAAAGGUAGCCUUCAUGGCUUUUCCACAUGAUUCACAGGAAACUUCCUAUCUGCUGCCUCCGAACCCUGAGGACUGGGAAGAACAAGGCAUCCCUGACUUUGUCUACGGACAGAAAGACCUCGUAGGGAAGGGAAUUCAGUGGCCAAGGAAUUCACCCAGUGCCCUGGACACGCCUCCACUGUCCCGCUUCGACUCUGCCCUCCGCUCUGCGUGGAGGCAGCGGGUGGAACUGGGCCUGUUUCGAUACUGCCUAGAAGAUCUGCAGACCCAAAUCCUGCCUGGUUCCGUGGGAUUUGUAGCUCAGCUGAAUAUAGAGCGAGGGGUACAGAGGAGGUGCCCCCAGAAUAUCAGAAGUGUGAGACAGGAGUUUGACCCCGACCAGUUUAACUUCAAUAAAAUCCGACCCGGAGAAGUUCUCUUCCGUCUGCAAAGGCAGCCUAAUGGCCCGGCUGCUCCAAAGCAAGAGGACAUCCUUGUGGUGAUCAAUGUCAGUCCGCUGGAGUGGGGUCACGUACUGCUGGUGCCUGAGCCUGCUCUUGGGCUCCCCCAGCGCCUGCUGCGGGGAGUGCUGCGGGCCGGGCUUGAAGCUGUGCUACUGAGCUCGCACCCCGGCUUCCGGGUUGGCUUCAACAGCCUGGGAGGUUUGGCCUCUGUGAACCAUCUCCACCUGCAUGGCUACUACCUGGCCCACCCACUGCCUGUGGAGGGUGCGCCAAGCACACCCCUAGACCCAAAGGGCUGUAUACACCUGCUGCAGACGCUCCCAGCUCCCGGCUUCCUCUUUUACGCCACCGGUCCAGGGCCUGAGUUGGAAGCCUUGAUUAGCAGGGUAUGCAGGGCUACGGAUUACCUGAGUGACCAUGACAUCGCACAUAACUUAUUUGUGACCCGGGGAACUCCACCCGGGCCGGCACCGUCAUCCUCAGAUCGCACGGGCAUCAGAGUCAUUCUGUGGGCCCGCAAGUCCAGCUUUGGAAUAAAGGAAAGUGGGGCUUUCAAUGUUGCACUCUGUGAACUGGCUGGCCACCUGCCUGUCAAAACAGCCCAGGACUUCAGCUGCUUGACAGAAGCAGCUGCAGUGGCCCUCAUUCAGGACUGCCUGCUACCCCGAACUCAGGCAGAUGAGGUGCAGGCAGCGCUGGUGGCCCUGAUGGCCCAGGAAGAAUUAUGAAUCUUUAGAAGUUGUGUUUUUUUGUGGGAAGAAUGCUUGCUGUCAAGCCUGUUGACUGAGUUAGACCUCCAAAGCCCAAGUGGUAAAAUCCACAUGCGUACAAUGGCUCAUACACACCCAUACAUGUACACACACACAAAUGGAGUCUGCUGUAUUGCUCAAGCUAGCCUCAAACUCCUCAGAUCAAAGAACUCUGCCUUAGUUUCCUGAAUCAAUGGGACUCCAGCUUUGCCUAUAACUAGUAGGCUGACUUUGCCCUCCCAUGUUGUAUUUGGCACAAGACUUGAACAAGAUCAAGCCAAGCCAACCAACAUUCCAACAUAGAUAAGAAAAGUCUUUGGAGACACAGUUUUUCUUCUUAGGAAAUCUACUUUUUUGUUUGCUUUGAGACAGGAUUUGUCUACAUAUUCCUGGCUGUCCUGGAACUUACUGUAUAGACCAAGCUGGCUUCAAACUCACAGAAAUGGGAAGCCUGACUUCCCCUCUGAGUUUUGGGAUUAAAGAUGAGUGCCACAACACCCAAUGUUUUUAGAAAUGCUAGUGAGCACCUAGAACUCACUAUGUAGCUCCAAAUGACCUUGAACUUCUGAAUCUCUUGGCACCUCCCACAUGCUAGGAGGUCACAGGAGUGUGCAACUAUGCUUGUUUUAUGGUGUGCUGGAGAUCAAACCCAGGAUUCUGUGCACAUGUUGUAGUGAAAAAAUAGUGUGGGCUAUGUAUUAUUGAUUGUAUUACUUAACUGGCUAUCACAAAUAAUGAGACACAACACCUGAUAGGUUUAUAAUUUCCUCAUUUACCUUGGGCAGGGCAGAUACUUCACUUACACUGUCUCAAUAUCCUCACCAUCCACCUCCCAUCCCCCAUCCCAUGCCAUCCACCUUAAUUCUCCUCAAUUGGACUACCUUCUAUCCAUAAUCCCAUGUUACUUGCUUAUAUUCUUCAUCUGGGCCUUUUCACGCCAUUACUGGAGUCCUUCCUCAGCCCAUGUGGUGUUUUCUCCAGGCUAACACAUCCUGGCAUCCUCUUCCUUCGGUCUGUUUGUCCUUCCUGUGAUUCUUCUUGGGCUUCUCCAAAGCCUAGAACCUUAGCCACACCUACCCCAUUCUUCCCUACAGGUACAAGCUGUUUAAUUAGCCAAUCAGAUAUAAUGACUUAAACAGGUUUACCCAGAGGGCCAGUAAUUAGCAUUAGACUAACCUCCAAGAUGCAUAUUUGGCCAUCCUUGCUAUCCAACUCCUGUACAUCUCAACCCCAUGUAUUUUUUAAAAGUUACAUCUUAUUUAUUUUAACGUAUUUCUGUGUGUUUGAGUGUGUCUAGAUCAGAGGAUAAAUUUUGGGAGGUCAGUACGUUGUGCCAGAUUCACAAGCCCCCAAAAUACUGCCAAGAGUUGUGUCUGUUGCAGAACACAUGAGAAUCUCUUUAUUUGAAGCUAGAGCUUGGGCUCACACCCUCACCUCUCAGUAGUUGAGAGUAGAGCCCGGAGCUCAGGGUAGGUGGGUGAUUCAGUCCUUCCCAGUACACCCAAAGCAGGGGAAAUCCAGCCUAGCAAGCGUCUGUUGGUUGAAACCCAAAGGGGGAUGUUGCAUUUUGAACUGAUUGGCUGUGGGGUGCCAUUAACUGUCUGGCUUCCCUUGUUUGGCUGUCCUAGGGUAGAGGGGCAUCUGGGCCAGUUUCCUAGCAACUAUCUCUAGUGGGCAGGAAAAGAAUGCAGUAAGGCUGGUUCCUCCCUGCAGGUAGCUGGACAUGUCUCCACCUGUCUGGCCUUUGUUCAGGCUUGUGCUUUAAACUUUAAUCCAAUAACCCAAAAAGCCAGUUUUUAAUUCUUUGGUGUCUCAAGUUCUCUCCUUUCACCUUGGGGAUGCUGAGGAGUCUCUAACUCAGAUCUGAAGGCUCGUUGCCUUUACCUGCUGAGCCAUCUUGAAGUCCCACCCUUGUUUUUUUAUGCAAAUACAUUUAUUUGACUUGAAAAGUUACUACCAGAUGAUAUCACUUUUAAGUCAGUUAUGAUUCUGAGAACUAUAACACAGAGCUUGACCAGGGUACAUCAAGUUCCAAAUAUAUAACCUUUUUUUUUUGUUUGUUUGUUUUUGAAGACAGGGUUUUUCUAUGUAGCUUUGGCUGUCCUGGAACUCACCCUGUAGACCACACUGGCCUUCACCAUUUUUUCUUUUUAAUAAUCAUCUCUUGUUAUAGGUAUGAUUUCUAAGAAGAUACUGUAUACUUUGCAUAUGUAUCUUACAGAUUUCCAUCUAAGUGUUAAGCUCACUUUCCUGGAAAAUGUUAUGCUCAACAGCAUUUUAAAAUUAAAGGAAGAGUUUGAUUAUAUAUGUUUCAAAAUAAAUAAGCAUGUAUUAAACAGA